GAGAGUUCCGUCCUUUCCGGGCCUCAGAUCGCGCGAGACCGCAGAGGGAACAGGAGCGAGUGGCGCGCGCGGCGGCCGCGACGGACGCAAGAUGGCGGCAGCGACCAUAGCUCUCCAGGUAAAUGGCCAGCAAGGAGGGGGGUCCGAGUCGGUGGUGGCGGCAGCGGCGGCGGGAGACAAGUGGAAACCUCCACAGGGCACAGACGCCAUCAAGAUAGAAAAUGGGCAGAGUACAGCCGCGAAGCUGGGGCUGCCCCCCCUGACACCCGAGCAGCAGGAGGCCCUCCAAAAGGCCAAGAAGUAUGCCAUGGAACAGAGCAUCAAGAGCGUGCUGGUGAAGCAGACCAUCGCACACCAGCAGCAGCAGCUCACCAACCUGCAGAUGGCAGCAGUGACAAUGGGCUUUGGAGAUCCUCUCUCACCUUUGCAAUCGAUGGCAGCUCAGCGGCAGCGGGCGCUGGCCAUCAUGUGCCGGGUCUACGUGGGCUCUAUCUACUACGAGCUGGGAGAAGACACUAUCCGCCAAGCCUUCGCGCCGUUUGGGCCCAUCAAGAGCAUCGACAUGUCCUGGGACUCGGUCACUAUGAAGCACAAGGGCUUUGCCUUUGUGGAGUACGAGGUCCCAGAAGCUGCACAGCUGGCCCUGGAGCAGAUGAACUCGGUGAUGCUGGGAGGCAGGAACAUCAAGGUCGGCAGGCCUAGCAACAUCGGGCAGGCCCAGCCCAUCAUCGAUCAGCUGGCUGAGGAGGCGCGGGCCUUCAACCGCAUCUACGUGGCUUCGGUGCAUCAGGAUCUGUCAGAUGAUGACAUAAAGAGCGUGUUUGAGGCCUUCGGCAAGAUCAAGUCUUGUACUCUGGCCCGGGACCCCACAACUGGCAAGCACAAGGGCUACGGCUUCAUCGAGUAUGAGAAAGCCCAGUCGUCCCAAGAUGCUGUGUCUUCCAUGAACCUCUUCGACCUGGGCGGUCAGUACCUGCGGGUAGGCAAGGCCGUUACCCCCCCCAUGCCCCUGCUCACGCCUGCCACACCUGGGGGCCUCCCACCUGCUGCUGCUGUGGCCGCAGCUGCAGCCACAGCCAAGAUCACCGCACAGGAAGCAGUAGCUGGAGCGGCGGUGCUGGGCACGCUGGCCACGCCAGGAUUGGUGUCACCUGCCCUGACGCUGGCCCAGCCCCUAGGCGCUCUGCCUCAGGCCGUCAUGGCUGCCCAGGCCCCUGGUGUCAUCACAGGUGUGACCCCGGCCCGUCCUCCCAUCCCGGUCACCAUCCCCUCCGUGGGGGUGGUGAACCCCAUCCUUGCCAGCCCUCCAACGCUGGGUCUCUUGGAGCCCAAGAAGGAGAAGGAAGAAGAAGAGCUGUUCCCUGAGUCGGAGAGGCCAGAGAUGCUGAGCGAGCAGGAGCACAUGAGCAUCUCAGGCAGCAGCGCCCGCCACAUGGUCAUGCAGAAGCUGCUCCGAAAGCAGGAGUCCACGGUGAUGGUUCUGCGCAACAUGGUGGACCCCAAGGACAUUGAUGAUGACCUGGAGGGGGAGGUCACCGAGGAGUGCGGCAAGUUUGGGGCCGUCAACCGUGUCAUCAUCUACCAGGAGAAGCAGGGUGAGGAGGAGGAUGCAGAGAUCAUUGUCAAGAUCUUCGUGGAGUUUUCCAUGGCCUCAGAGACUCACAAGGCCAUCCAGGCCCUCAAUGGGCGCUGGUUUGCUGGCCGAAAGGUGGUGGCUGAAGUGUAUGACCAGGAGCGUUUCGAUAACAGUGACCUUUCUGCGUGACCUCGGCCCCCCUCCCAGGACUUGCACUUGCUCCUUGUUUUCUCUGGGUUUUAUAGAAUGGUCUGGUGGUAUUCUUGGGCCAAGCUCCCUCUGCCUAGCCUGGUCCAUAGUGUGGAUAAAAGUGCAGAUGCUGCUGG